AUGGUUGGUGGUGAAAGGCAUGCCAGCUGGGCUGAUGAUGAAACGUGGGACACAGACCAUUCGAAGUCCGGUUACUGUUUUGAUGGUGCCAAGCCAGAGACAGUAAUGAGACGAUUUAUAAUUACGUGUGCUGCUUUGGGGGCCUUUGUGGACACAGUAAAAACGAAGAGCUGUGGAUUCCUGGGACAGAGCAAUACACGUAGAACUCAGCAGUUGACUCAGAUCCGAAAAGUGCAUUCUGGCUGGGAAGCGGAGUACUGGACCCUGACUGGGUGCAUUCAGCGGCCAGGGGGCCUGCAUAAGACCGUCUCUGUACCUGCUGCAGGGUGGCAGGUCCAGCUUCAAGCACAAAAAAGGAGCUCCCAGGAGGAACUCCCCUCCCCAGUCUUUCCAGUUCCUGCCCUUCUAGGAGGCUCAGCCUCGAGCAUGCGGCAGGACGGGAUCAGCAGUGUGAACCAGCUGGGGGGGCUCUUUGUGAAUGGUCGGCCUCUGCCCCUGGACACCCGGCAGCAGAUCGUGCAGCUGGCCGUCAGUGGGAUGCGGCCCUGCGACAUCUCACGGAGCCUUAAGGUAUCUAACGGCUGUGUGAGCAAGAUCCUGGGACGUUACUACCGCACGGGCGUCUUGGAGCCAAAGGGGGUGGGGGGAAGCAAGCCGCGCCUGGCCACGCCGCCGGUGGUGGCUCGAAUCGCCCAGCUGAAGGGUGCGUGCCCGGCCCUCUUCGCCUGGGAGAUCCAACGCCAGCUCUGCGCGGAAGGGCUUUGCCCCCAGGACAAGACGCCCAGUGUCUCCUCCAUCAACCGAGUGCUGCGGGCACUGCAGGAGAACCAGAGACCGCCCUGGCCACAGCUCAGCUUGCCAGCUGUGUUGGCUCCAGGUCCUCGAACUCUGCCUAGUGGCUCUGAGGCGCCCCGGGCUACCCACCCAGGGACUGGCCACCGGAAUCGGACGAUCUUCUCCCCAGGCCAAGCCGAGGCGCUGGAAAAAGAGUUCCAGCAUGGGCAGUAUCCUGAUUCAGUGGCCCGCAGGAAGCUGGCAGCCGCCACCUCUCUGCCCGAGGACACGGUGAGGAUCUGGUUUUCCAACCGAAGAGCCAAAUGGCGCCGACAAGAGAAGCUCAAGUGGGAAAUGCGAUUUCCAGGUGCUUCCCAGCGUCUGACGGUACCAAGUGCCUCCCCAAGGAUCAUCUCUGCACAGCAGCCCCCCGGCAGUGUGUCCACAGCAGUCCUACCUGCCCUGGAACCCUUGGCUCCCUCCAGCUAUCCGCUGUGCUGGGGGACAGCAUCAGACAGGUGUCUAAGUGACACCGCACCAAAAGCCUGUCUCAAGCCCUGCUGGGGCUACCUGCCCCCCACAGCCGAGCUCCCAGGGUUCGGUCCUGCUUUGCAAUCCUUGCCGUUGCUGCCGCUGCCUCCAUCGCCAGUCUUGGUGCCCCUCGGGCCUUGUGCUGGCCUGGCUCCCCACUGCGAGGCCUGGGAUGAGGGAGGUGGCCCAGAGUGGAAAGGAGAUGCGGUGGGGAGGAUCUGA